AUGAAAUGUUUGCCCCAGCUGUUGGGAAUAAUACCUGCAAGGCCAGCUUCUGGGAUGCCCGCUACGGUGGGCUUUGUCGUAGACACACAGCACGCACUGACACUGCAGCUCAACAGUACCUCUGCACACUUGGAGCCAUGCAAAGUUCACUUCCACUUUGGGGAGCAGGGGAACUAUUCUCUGUGGGUCAAGAACCUGAAUGAGCCGUCACGGGUCAGCUGCUCUAUGAUCACUGAUUCUGAGCCCAUUAACAGCUACUUGCCUAUUUUGUUUGCCUUUCUGGUAUUUGCUUUUUUGGCUGCAUUAUCUGCUAUCUGGAACACAGUUAAAAGGCUGAAUGUGGUGACAAAUCUACUUCUUUGCUUGGGGAGCACAGUGGAGACAGAGAGGCUGAUAAACUCUGCUGGAUGUGGUGACAAAUCUACUUCUUUGCUUGGGGAGCACAGUGGAACCAUUAAGAUGCCGUCUUUCAUGUUUGUGUUCAUUAUGGGUACGUCUGUUGGUUUGUCCCUGAGCAGUUCAUUGCGCCGAGGUGUCAAACGCACUCAUCUGCUGUGGAGGAUCUUCUGGAGGAGCUUACAACUCUUCCUUAUCGGAGUCAUCAUCAUCAAUCCGAACUACUGCAAUGGACCCUUGUCUUGGGAUUCUCUUCGUAUUCCUGGCGUAUUACAGCGUCUGGGCUUCACGUAUCUUGUUGUUGCUGUCUUGGAUCUUGUGGUGGUCCAAGACCGACUUACCAACCUGUCAAGUGAAACAUGCUGGUAUUCGGUGCAUGAUGUCUGCCUCUACUGGCCUGCGUGGGCGUUUGUGAUUGCCUUAGAGACGAUAUGGUUGUGUUUGACCUUCCUCCUCCCAGUCCCAGGCUGCCCAACUGGUUAUUUGGGUCCAGGGGGCAUUGGUGACUUUGGCCAGUACCAAAACUGCACCGGUGGAGCUGCAGGUUACAUUGAUCGUUGGCUGCUGAGAGAUAACCAUAUUUACCAGACGCCUUCAUCACGGGCUGUAUACCAGACUAUGAUGCCCUUUGACCCUGAGGGUGUUUUGGGAACCAUCAACUCCAUAUUGAUGGCAUUUUUGGGGCUUCAGGCAGGGAAAAUUCUGCAGCAUUACAGAGACCAACACAGGCAAAUUAUCACACGAUUUCUCAUUUGGGGAUUCAUACUCGGAAUCAUCUCUGCUGUAUUGACCAAGUGCUCCAGAAAUGAAGGCUUCAUCCCUGUCAACAAAAACUUGUGGUCUUUGUCCUAUGUGACGACUCUGAGCUGUUUUGCUUUUGUGUCUCUGGUGUUUUUUUACUACUCGGUGGAUGUAAAGAAGUGGUGGUCUGGAGCUCCCUUCUUUUACCCUGGUAUGAAUUCCAUUUUGGUGUAUGUGGGUCAUGAAGUGUUUGAGGAAUACUUCCCUUUUCGUUGGAAAAUGGCCAAUAGCCAAUCGCAUGCAGAGCACCUGGCACAGAACCUUGUGGCCACCUCCAUAUGGGUGAUCAUAGCCUAUCUGCUCUACAGGAGGAAGAUCUUCUGGAAGAUUUGAAGUUGUAUCACUGUCCUGCAGAUUUAGUAGCUGCUCUUCAUUGUGAAAGAGAUUAUUUGGAUAUUUUUAGUUGUAGAAAAUCAGCAGAUCUCUGAACAUCUGUGCAGAGAUUAAAACUCACACAUGAUCCAGGAAUAGAAUUUGGCUAUUAUUUGAGCAGAGCAGAAGGAAGAAGAGAAAAGAAGAGCAUGCGGCGGUGCAAGAUACCUCUGUGGACUCAACAAAGCCCCUAGAAUGAAUGCCAAGAUGCCAAGGCCAGAUUCUGCUCAAUUUUAAUUUCAAUCAACUGGUUUGGUUUAAUGAAUUACGUUUUGAAGCAUAAUGAUGAAGUAUGAUUGAUUAUAGAAUUUCUGAAAUUAUGAUAUGGAAGAAUUAUCGGGACUAAUUUACUGUAUUUUUAGUUAAGGUUAUGAUUCAUGCAAUUAUGAAAGUUAAAGCAAAUGAGGAAGGGGAGAGAACCCCCAGACUGUCAAAAAAAAGUCUUCCAUCAAGGUCAACAAAAUGUGCUGAAACAUUCGCUCUUAAGGUAAAAUACUAUUACACAGUUUUAUGUUUAGUUUUAAUGUCAUGAACGCUCUUGUAGUGUUGUUUUACUUUUUUCUUUUAUUUUCAGUGGUUUCUCUGUCUUUAUCUGUUUUUUUGAUAAUGUGGUUUUAUUCUUUAUAUCUUAAGAUGAAAGUAUUACGGUUAAAAGGAUGCAUGUUUGUGAGAGGAAAAAGAGAAUGUGUCCUGCCUUCUAAAAAAAAAAAAAAAAACUCAGGAGAUUUG